UUAACUCUUUUAGCGCUUUCUUAUGAGAAUUUGAUAUAUUAUUUACCGCAAAAUGACAACACUCUCGAAGAUAAUGUUGGAAACUUUGUUACACCGCCUCCACUGCCAAUCACUGUAAUGCCUGCAAAACCAACAAAAUCAAUGCCUAAAACGGGUGGAACAGGAGUUUGUUCCAAGACUGAGGCCACGUGUCAGAGCGGCGAAUGUAUUUCCCGGGAAUAUGUUUGUGACGGUGACUUUGAUUGCGUGGACAGAAGCGAUGAAUUAAAUUGUAUCCAUUAUUGUGAACCAAACCAAUUCCAGUGCGAAAACAAUCGCUGUAUACUCAAGAUCUGGCGCUGCGAUUCCGAUAACGAUUGCGAAGAUAACAGCGACGAAAAGUUUUGCGAACCGGAUGCACCGGGAUCUCCAUGUCGUUACGAUGAAUACAAAUGCAUUACUGGAGAUCAAUAUAACGAUUGCGAAGAUAACAGCGACGAAAAGUUUUGCGAACCGGAUGCUCCGGGAUCUCCAUGUCGUUACGAUGAAUACAAAUGCAUUACUGGAGAUCAAUGCAUACCUCGAAGCUAUCAAUGCGAUGGAGAGUUUGACUGUCAGGACAAAACCGAUGAGAUCGGUUGUUCGGCGCCUACUGUUGUGAUUCCUCCGCCGGAAACUGUUUCUGUGACCGAAGGCCAGACAAUUAACAUAAGCUGCCGAGCGGUGGGAACACCGACUCCAUUGAUUAGUUGGCGAUUGAAUUGGAAUCAUAUCCCACACCCGCCACGAGUGACGGUCACCAGUGCUGAGGGCUUCGGCACCGUUACUAUACGUGAGGCCAAAGUGUCAGAUCAGGGGGCCUGGAGUUGCGAAGCCAUCAACAGCAAGGAUUCCGUUCUCGCCUCACACGACGCCCUACUUGUCGUCAAACGUAUGUCAUUUGCAAAGUGUUUAUUGCAAACUAACUCUUAUAUUGUGUUAUCAUGUGGACGAAUAGCCAAACACGGUAUGUGUCAGUCGCCGGUAUUCAAUGAUUUGGCCCAAAAUCCAUCGCAAUGUUUGAGAUGUUUCUGUUUCGGAGUGUCUGAGACGUGUCACAGCAGUAGUCUUCGUGUCGUCAGUUUGAGCGUUGAAUCAAAGCUUUCGGUUAUUCCUCUGAUUCGUGAGGCGAACGCCAGUUAUACUGAUGUGAGCCGUCAAUACCCGCCCAAUCAAAAUGCCGUUUCAUUCAAUGCAAACGCUAAAGAAUAUAGCAUUAAGUCAGAUGUAAUGCCGGCCACAACACCCGAUGGGGUCUUCUUCUAUUGGAACCUUCCCUCCGAAGUAUUGGGUAAUAGACUCGGAAGUUAUGGCGGAUAUAUUCGCUACACAAUCAGAUACAGAGAGCCUUAUUUGCCGAAAGCACCCAAAAUUCCUGACGUUAUAUUAAAAGGAAAUGGCAUUCAUUUGUAUCAUUACUUUAACGAGGGAUACAAUACAAAGACCGACACAAACAUCAAAAUACGCUUCUGGGAGGGAGAGUGGCAUAAGAAUGACUUGAGUGCCAGAAGUCCCCCACUGUUUGACGCCAGG